AAUAUUUUUAUUUGGAGUUUUGCAAAAGUUUUCUGAAUCGCGUUCGCAAACGCGACAAUUGGUAAACGUUUAGUGACGGUGUGCGGUAAAUUAUUCGGUUCUCUUGCUUUAAAUUUGGUUUGAUACUGGUUGCUGAAUCUUUACUGAAGUGCUGAAACCAAUGUCGUAAACGACAUCGGAUUCAACCCAAUGAUUUGUUUACAUGAACAAACUACAUAAACGUCGUGCUAACGAAUGGUUUAGCUCGGUUACAUUAAAACUUUUUACUUUCUACUGACGAAAUCACGUUCGUUCGCUGCUUUACAUCGUGCUUAUCGAAAUGAGCACGGUCCUAAGUGCUACGGGACCUAAAAAAUGUAUCAUUUGCUUACAGCAUGCACCGACGAUGGUUCCACUGAGCACGGAAGUCGAUAUCGAUGGUGUCGCAAUAAACUGCGAAACUAUGUACGGUAAAUUCACAGGCAUACAGUACGACACUGCCGCACUCGCCAAGGAGCGCUUGUUAAACCUUUGUUUGGCUUGUCUAACGCAAUUAAACUCUAGUUACCUGUUUCAAAAGCUGGCAAUACAAUCAGCCGAAAGUAUUUUUGCUUCUCUUACAAAAUUGCAGGAACAACCUGCGGUUGGUGCAGAUUACCUCGAAGGCCAGUACUUUAAUGCAUCAAAUGAACAAUCGAUCGAUAAUACUGAAAUAAGUAAAUAUUUGGAGGAGGAAAACGUUGAACAGAAAAGCCUUGAUCAUAAUUCUACGCUUUUUUGUCCUUACGACGAAUAUGUACCAUCGCCCAAUGAAAUCGAAACAGAAAUAGAAGCAACAGACGAGUGCACUGCUGACGAAGAAUUGCUUUCGAUCGAACCAGACACCGCAGAGGAUGAAGAGCAAAGGACUGAACAAACUGUACCAGAAGCAAUCAAACCGUCGUGCGACGAAUGUGCACAACUCAAGAGUAAUGUGAUGCUGUUUCGAAAACAUUUCAUGCAAACCCAUUGCCUAGCGAAGGCAACCGAUCGGUACCAAUGCACCGUGUGUUUAGGGAAAUUUAAAUCUACGCGUUCCUUCAUUCGUCACAUACGCACCCAUCAAGGAGCGAAACGGUACGCGUGCCAGUUUUGUCCUAAAUCUUUCCACUAUUCCCACCACCUACAGGCUCACGAGCGUACACAUACGAACGAAAAACCUUUCGUUUGCGGUAAAUGCAACAAAGCGUUCGCUUCGAAGGAACGUCUGAGUGCACAUGCAGUGACACAUGGCGAAGGACGUGAAUUCGCGUGUGAAGUAUGUAGGGCAAUGUUCAAAACACGUCAAAAUUUGCACAAACACUGUCUUAUCAAACACGAUCGUCCGGUGGCUAAGUUUCGAUCAUUCAAGUGUGAUCAGUGCGAUAAACUAAUGCUAUCACAAUCGGCUGUCACCUACCACAAGCAGCAUCCGUGCAUUACGAAUCGACAGACAAAACCGCAUCGACAUCGCACCGAGCAAAUUCUCCAGGACACAAAUCAUCUUCAAAUUUCCAUUAACAGAAAAUUUCACUGUGAUGUAUGCGCCGCACAAUUUAGUCAAAAAAUUGAACUGAAACGACACAAACUCAUACACGAAGGAACUCGACCGCACCGGUGCGAAGUGUGCGAUCGUACUUUCCGCCAGAAAGGAACACUCACGACGCAUAUGCGUACACACACCGAUGAAAAACCUUACGAAUGUACGCAUUGUGCGGUACGUUUCCGGUCUGCUGCUUCACGCCGAUCACACUUCAUACGACAACACAUUAACGAUGGCUUACAUCGGCUUAAGCAAUAAUAAAACAACACUGCCACAAAUCCAAAGUUCGGAUACCGGAAACAAAUGAA